CUAAUUGUGUCAUUCUUACAAAGUUCGAUCUGUGGCAAUUUGGACACCAUAUUGAGAAGUUAUUGACGAAAGAAGUAUUUCGCAUGAUUCCCGAGGAGUUGCAAAAAGAUGCGUAUUAUCUAUGCCCUACUCACAUUGCACCGGAGAAAAAUUGGACAACUGAAAGCACGGCAGAGUUCGGAUUAACAUCUGUAGGAAAUGUGUUGACAAAUAAACAAGAGAGUCACGAAGGCAGUGUACUUAGUGUAAUUCCUGAGGAGUGUGAGGAGUUGCAAGAAGACGUGCGAAGUAUUUGCUCUCCUGUCAUUAUACCCCAGGAAAAUUGCACAAAUUAUCGCAAGACAGAACGUGAAGUAUCGGCUGUUGAAGGACCCUUCGUGGAAACGCGUGCGAUUAAAGAAGGUGUUGUACGAUUUUUUGGAAAUAAGAAGAAACUUGAUAGGAUCAUUUCAUAUGAUGGAAAAUGCUAUACUUUCAAAAGAAAAGAUAUGAUUGGAUUCAAUUGAUAUUAUAGAUUUCCUCAAAAAGUGAAGUUUGUCGUUAAUGAUUCAUACCCAAAUUGGGCGAAACCCUUAUGUCCAACUGUAAUUAUAAAAUGGUAUAACAGUAAAAAUAAUUAAAUAAUUAUUGUAUUUUUUUUUAAUCCACCGAUGCUAUUAUUGUUAAAAGAAUAAACUUUUUAAAAGGAAUUGUAUGCAGUUAGAAAUUGAUUCUUAUAAUUUUUAUUAUCCUUUCAUAAAAAUCUAAAAAAAUUUAAUAAAGCUUUAAGU